AAUGUUGCAAGGCCUUCGAGUCCUUAGUUCGUUAGACACGUAGAUGAUCGGAAUAGGUGGAUUUACAACGAUUGUUUACUGGUGUUACUGACGUGUAAAACUGCUGCGGAGUAUUUUGUACGUCGUCGUGCAGAACUAAUAAAACAAGAUGGUGGACAGUGCAUGCAAUGGAUCUAGCGACUCGUCGCCACAGGUGGAGAAGGGGUGGCCAGCCUUGAAACAACAUAUUACUGAAAAUAAGGUCAAGUUUGGAUUGUGGAUGACAAGACUCUUUACUAUCAUAUUUACCAUCGGUUAUAUCAUCCCUAUAUUUGGUAACCCUUACAACAUAUAUUAUAAGGUAUUGAUGAACAAUGCAGCGACUAGUGCAUUACGUCUUCACCAAAGAAUACCGCGUGUUCAGCUCACUAGACAAUUUCUAGAGUCGUUAUUGUUGGAAGACUCGUGUCAUUACUUGCUUUAUUCCAUGAUCUUUUUGUAUGCGGCACCAGUAACAUUGGUUCUUACACCAGUUUUUCUUUUUGCUCUGAUGCACUUGGCAAGUUAUUCUCUGACGUUACUAGACUGCAUAGGACAAAAUAGAUGGUGGGGCGCUCGUCUCUUGAUAUCGCUGGUAGAGUUUCAGUCACGGAAUAUUCUACGUCUUUGCGCUCUAUCGGAGAUUAUUAUCUUGCCAUUUACGGUUCUUCUGGUAUUCACGGGACGCGCCGGUUUGCUGACACCUUUUAUUUAUUAUCAAUUUUUAAAAUUGCGUCUUGCGUCGCAGAGAAAUCCAUUUACACGCAAUGUAUUCUACGAGCUUAGAAACGGAUUGAGUUCGGUAUCGAAGAAACCAGCAGUGCCGGAUAUCGUCCGAAGGAUGAUCGACGGGUUGCUCUCUCUUACUCAACAAAUGGCACCAGUGCGCCAAUAAUACCUAUGAUAUUCGAUUUGAAUUCUUUCUCAUAGUCUCAAGACAGAUCUCCUAGGGUUCUAGGGUCCACUCAGCGAUACUUCAUGAAUUAGUGUUAGCGCGAGAGUGCCGACAUCAAAAUCCAUACCUGAGUGUAUAAUAAUUUGAAGUAUUUGUGGAAAAAAAGCAUGAACGGUUUCUUAUAUUAAUAAUUACACUAAUUUGUAAUUGAAUGUUAAGUAAGAAUGUGAGGAUAUAUAUAUAUAUAUUUUGUGCUAAUUAUUAUAUAAUAUAAAUUACUGGUUAAAGGAUGACACAACUCAGUUAAUAAGUUUAAUUGUUAUACGUUCUUAUCUUUCGAGUUAAGUUUAAGACAAAUGUAACUGUACACAAAUAUUAACAUAGUUUUAAAUGUAAUACAAUUUUAAAUCAUGGAUUUGUAACAAAUAAUAGUACAUAUUGGAAUUCAUGUUAUGUUGGUUAAUUUUUUUUCUUUGGUUUAUUUCAUAUGGUUUUGUGUAAUAUUACGGUGUAAUAAUACUUAGCAUUUAAGUAUAUUUGCGAAUCUGGAAAUGGUUGUCUGGCCAUCUGUUUCGAAUAAGCUUAAUUUAAAAAAUAUAUAUACAUAUAUAUUUGUUUUGUCAA